AUGGAUGACAAAGAAAACAAGUCGUCUUGCAGUGACUGUGGCCCUCCAAAAUCCUUCCCCAAUGCUCAGAUAAAGCAAGAUGUUGGGCCAAGCUCUCCUGUUGGGACCAGGUUGACUUACACUUGCUUGCCAGGUUAUGAACCUACUUCUCAAAUACGACCGGUAACUGAAUGCCUUGAAACUUCACAAUGGUCCGAGGUUUCUGUGUCUUGUCGAGGAAGACGGUGUCCUGUUCCCAAUAUAGAGGAUGGCAGAAUAGUAGAAGACAGCGACCUUCGGCUUGGUGCUCAAAUAACCUUUAUCUGCAAUGAAGGAUACAGACCAAUCGGGCAAAAUGGAGCUCGGUGUGUGUUGAGAGGCGGUGCUGUUGUUUGGGAUCGUGAUCCACCUCAUUGCCAACGUAUUCCUUGCUACCCCCCUCCUACAAUUGCCCAUGGGACCCAUGAUGGGCAGGAAGACUAUGCAUAUAGCUCAGUGGUAACAUACAGAUGUGCCAAACCAUUCUCUCUGAUUGGAAGCAAGACUCUUGUGUGUGUAUCUGACCGAGACCUGAAUGGAAAGUGGAGUAAACCUGCACCUGAAUGUAAAGAGGUGAAUUGUCGUACACCUGAAGUCUCAAAUGGAGUAAUGCAAACUUCAUAUCAGCCUUCAUACACAUAUCAGGACAAAAUAGCAUUUGGCUGUGUUCAAGGAUACAGACUAAAGGGGAACACAGGCUUAAUUACAUGUGGAGCUGAUAGUACAUGGCAACCUCGCCUUCCAGAAUGUAUCCCGGGUACUCCUCCAACUACUUCUACAGGAGAUGUAGAAGGUGGCACUUCAACAGGAUCCAACGUAUCUGUUCCAGUUGUCGUUGGUAGCUAUGCCGGGCAGCCAAAGAAAUUCAGGGGCGCGUGGUGUUUCAUGGAGGGAGCGCGAGACGCUCGAUCUGUUGAAUCGCAGGACCUUUUUGGGGACACGCUCGCAACCAUUAAUGCAGAAGAUAUUCGUGCCUCCUCUCCAGUAAGCCAUGACUCCUCGCAGGUGGCUUCCCGUGCAUCCCCCCCCUCCGGAGACAGCCAGCCUCAGGACCCAGACGAAACUACUGUUUCCUUGGAAAGGGGAGCAAGUGAUCCCACACAAGGUAGCUGUGGCCCCCCAACUCGAUUAUACUUUGCUGAGCUAAUGGAUGAGUAUAAAGAUAAGACUUCCUUUCCUGUUGGGUCGAUUGUGAAAUACAAGUGUCGACCAGGCUAUUUUAGUUUUAAGACAUCUCUUAAAUCUCUUAAAUGCCUUGAAAGCUUAGAGUGGUCACAAGCUCCGAAAUUCUGUAAAGAAAAAUCAUGUGGAAAUCCAGGAGAACCAGCUAAUGGCAGGUUGAUCGUACCAAAAGAUCUUCACUUUGGUUCCACUGUAAAUUUCAUUUGUGAUGAAGGGCACAGGCUAAUUGGACGGUCUUCCAUACGGUGUAUGAUAUUUGCCCAAAAAGUAGAUUGGAGUGGUGAAAUUCCUUUGUGUCAGCGUAUUCCUUGUUACCCACCUCCAGAUAUUCCCCACGGCAAGCACGAUGGGGGAUAUGAUCGGGACUAUCACUACGGGGAUGCUGUAACUUAUACCUGCGACAGAGACUACCCCCUUGUUGGAAAGCGCUUUAUUCACUGCACAACUAAGGAUGGGGUAAAUGGAGUGUGGAGCGGCCAUCCAGCUUGUGGAGCUAUCCAGUGCUCCAUACCUCAAAGGAUCACCAAUGGGAAAUACAACAGUCAGUCAUCAGAAGUUUUCACUGAAGGGGCAUUUGUAGAAUACAGUUGUGAACCUGGGUACAAACUUAUUGGAGAGGCCAGAUUGUAUUGUACAAAGUCUGGGUCUUGGAGCUUCCCAGCACCUUACUGUGAAGUGAUGGGCUGUGUAGGCCUGGAAAUUCAGAAUGGAAGAAUAACAAGUUCUAAAGUUCUCUUCAAACCCGGAGAGAUCAUUACCUUUGAAUGUGACCCUGACUUCGACCUGCUAGGCAACCAGGUGAUUCAGUGCCAGUCUGACAGUACAUGGGAUUCACCUGUACCCACCUGUGUCAACGUUCUUCCAAACCAUAGCCAGAGUACAGAGACAAAAUCAGAUCAUCCAGCUGUACAAAAUAAUCAGGAUUCAUCCUGCUUGUCUGCCCUGGACCAUUACUUCACAGCCCUUACCAGAAGUAUUCAGAGAAUAGAGAUGCUGCUAGGAAUAAACCCUGUUUAUGCAGAGUUCUUGUCUACUCAGAUGCAUGCUAGCAAGGAGAGCAAAGGCCGGAGAGGAUGA